CACGUUUUCCACUAUGUGACAGCGGCGAGUCCGCGGCGGCGGCAGAGGCGGGCGGCCCUGCCGGCUACGCGCUGCUUUUGGCGGCGGAAGCGGCGGGCGCGGGGUCAGCGGGCUACACGCGGAUGGUCGGGCGGACCGGCGAGGACGUAGCUCCGCUUUGUUCGGGAGCCAGCAUGAACGGCUAUGCGGGCUACCCACCCAGCCCUGGGAACCCCUCCAAGGAGCCCCCAGAGCCCAGGCCCAGCUCAGCCCCGCUUCAGGAGGACGUGGACAUGAGCAGCAAUGAGACCCAGGAGAACUGCUCGACGGGGCGGGACUCACAGGGCAGCGACUGUGACGACAGCAGCAAGGAGCUGGGGAUGCUGGUGGAGCCGCCCGCCACUGGCCAGGGUCCAGAUGCCUUCAGCCUGAUGACGGCGAAGUCUGACCACAAUGCGUCCACGAGCGGCUGCAGCAGCGAGCAGUCCACCAAGGCGGACGCCCAUAGAGAGCUGAUCAAAACCCUGAGGGAGCUGAAGGUCCACCUCCCCGCGGACAAGAAGGCCAAGGGGAAGGCCAGCACCCUGGCGACCCUGAAGCACGCCCUGAGGAGCGUGAAGCAGGUGAAAGCCACCGAGGAGUAUUACCAGCUGCUGAGGGCCAGCGAGAGCCACGCCUGCGGCGCCGACGUGCCCUCCUGCACCGUGGAAGAGAUCGAGGGCGUCACCUCUGAGUUCAUGGCGAACAAUGUGGAUAUGUUUGCUGCAGCUGUGUCCCUGGUUACUGGGAAGAUCCUGUACAUCUCUGACCAGGUCGCCUGCAUCUUUCACUGCAAGAGGGACACCUUUCACGAUGCCAAAUUUGUGGAGUUCCUGGCGCCCCACGACGUCAGCGUGUUCCACAGCUCCACCACGCCCUGCAAGCUGCCGCCCUGGAGUGUCAGCCGUGGAGCAGAUUCUUUUACUCAAGAAUACAUGGAGGAGAAAUCUUUCUUCUGCCGCGUCAGCGCCGGGAAAAACCAUGAGACUGAGGUCCGCUACCACCCGUUCCGCAUGACGCCCUACCUGGUCAGGGUGCGGGGCCUGCAGGGCGCCGAGGGCCAGCUGUGCUGCGUGCUGCUGGCCGAGAGAGUGCACUCGGGCUACGAAGCCCCUAGAAUCCCUCCUGAAAAAAGGAUUUUUACCACCACACAUUCGCCAAACUGUUUGUUCCAGGACGUGGAUGAAAGGGCAGUCCCCCUCCUGGGCCACCUGCCUCAGGACCUGGUCGAUACCCCCGUGCUCUUGCAGCUGCAUCCCAGUGACAGGCCCCUGAUGCUGGCCGUCCACAAAAAGAUCGUGCAGUCCGGUGGACAGCCUUUCGACUGCUCCCCGAUUCGGUUCCGCACCCGCAACGGGGAGUACGUCACCCUGGACACCAGCUGGUCCAGCUUUGUCAACCCGUGGAGCCGGAAGAUCUCCUUCAUCAUCGGGAGACACAGAGUCAGGGUGGGGCCUUUGAAUGAGGAUGUGUUCUCAGCCCCGCCACGCAUGGAGGAGAAGGCCCUGCACCCCAGCAUUCAGGAGCUCACGGAGCAGAUCCACCGGCUGCUGCUGCAGCCCGUCCCCCACAGCGGCUCCAGUGGCUACGGGAGCCUGGGCAGCAACGGGUCUCACGAGCACCUCAUGAGCCAGACCUCCUCCAGCGACAGCAACGGCCAGGAGGACUCCUGCCACAGGAGAGCUGAAAUCAGUAAAAAUGGUAACAAGGUCAAAACCAAAAGUCAUUAUCCUGACGAACCAGGAGGAAAAACGAGCAAGUCUGCUUCAGAAAUGCAGAGCAGUUCCCCGACUCAGAUAAAAGCUGUCCUGGCUGUGGAAAAGGACAGCUCUGGUGCCAGCCUGCCCGAGGCUGGCCUGCCCGAGGAGCUGGCCUGCAGAAACCAGCCCGCCGGCUCCUACCAGCAGAUCAGCUGCUUGGACAGCGUCAUCAGGUACCUGGAGAGCUGCAGCGAGGCCACCACCCUGAAGCGCAAGUGUGAGUUCCCGGCCAACCUCCCCACCCCAAAGGCCAGCGACAAGCGGAAGGCCACCGCCAGCCCUGGGCCACGUUCUGCAGAGACGGCGUCGCCCUCCAAGGUGAACAGCCACACGGACGUCAGCGCGCACUUGACCUCGCUGACACUGCCCGGCAAGGCGGAGAGCGUGGUGUCCCUCACCAGCCAGUGCAGCUACAGCAGCACGAUCGUCCACGUGGGCGACAAGAAGCCCCAGCCCGAGCUAGAGACGGCUGAAGAUGCUGUGAGCGGGCCCGAGUCUCUGGAUUGCCGGGCGGGCCCCGCUGUGCCCUGCAGCCUCGGCCAGGACAAGGAGCCCUUCAGGAAGCUGGGCCUCACCAAGGAGGUGCUGGCCGCCCACACCCAGAAGGAGGAGCAGAGCUUCCUGCUGAAGUUCAAAGAAAUGAGGAAACUCCAUAUUUUCCAGUCUCGCUGCCAUCAUUACUUACAAGAAAGAUGCAAGGGGCCGUCGAGUGAAAGAACUGCUCCUGGACUAAGAAAUACCUCUGGAAUAGAUUCCUCUUAAAAAACCGGGAAGAACAGAAAACUGAAGUCCAAACGGGUCAGGCCUCGAGACUCCUCAGAGAGCACCGGGUCUGGGGGCCCCGAGCUGCACCGGCCCCCACUGGUGGGCCUCAGCGCCACAGCCUGGUCGCCGUCAGACACGUCCCAGUCCAGCUGCCCAACGGUGCCCUUCCCUGCCCCAGUGCCAGCUUACUCCCUGCCCGUGUUCCCCGCCCCGGGAAUAGUGCCGGCACCCAGGACCGUUGCAGCAGUGCCCGUGGCUCCCCACGCUGGCUUCACGGUGCCCAUGGACGCCCAGCAUGAGUUUGUGGUCCAGCCCCCGCCGCUCGCCGGCCCCUUGGCCCCCGUCAUGGCCUUGGUGUUACCCAGUUACUCCUUGACACCGGUGAGCCCGAACCUGCCCCAGGCCUUCUUCCCCGGCCAGCCUAACUUUCCCUCCGAGAUGACCCCUGCCUCACAGCCUGACUUCCCUGGGCGGACCUCACCCCUCAAACAGCCGUACCCUUGUCCUCGGGCAGAGUGUGGGCCACCAGGGUCCCGCAUGGCCACCCCGCCAUCAGCCGCUGGGCCCACGGGCAGGACCUCCCCGCCCCUCUUCCAAUCCCGUGGAAGUUCACCCCUGCAGCUCAACCUGCUGCAGCUGGAGGAGGCCCCCGAGGGCAGCACUGUGGCUGCAGGGACCACAGGGACCCCAGGGACAAUGAGUGCAGGGCCGGACUGCAAGCCUGGCGCGUCCUGGGACCAGCCGCUGAUGGCACUGCCCAUGGGCGACGAGCCCGCGGACGCCCAGAACAGCGACGCCCUGUCCACGUCCAGUGGCCUGCUGCACCUCCUGCUGCACGAGGACCUCUGCUCGGCCACCGGCUCAGCUCUGUCCGGAAGUGGGGCUUCCGCCACCUCCUGCUCCCUGGGCUCUGGCUCGCUGGGCUGCGAUGCUUCCGGUAGUGGGACAGGCAGCAGUGACACAAGUCAUACCAGCAAAUACUUUGGAAGCAUCGACUCUUCAGAGAAUAACCACAAAGUGGAAGUGAAGGCCGACUUGGGAGGAAGUCAGCGCUUCACCAAGUGCGUCCUACGGGACCCCGUCUGGCUCCUGACGGCCGACACCGACGACAGCGUCAUGAUGACAUACCAGAUGCCCUCCCGAAACUUCGAAGCGGUUCUGCAGGAGGACAGGGCGAGGCUGAAGGCGCUGCAGAGGUUCCAGCCCCGGUUCACAGAGGGGCAGAGGCAGGAGCUGCAGGACGUCCACCCAUGGGUGCGGUCAGGCGGCCUCCCCGCGGCCCUCGACGUGGCGGAAUGUGUUUACUGUGAAAACCAGGGACUGGGCAGUAUCUGUGUGCCGUGUGAGGAGGGUGUCCCCACGCUGGGGCUCGGCGAGACGGCAGACACCAAAGUGUGCACCGUAUGAGGAGGGUGUCCCUGCGUUGGGGCUCGGCGAGACAGGAGACACCAAAGAAGAGGAAACUGGCCCUGCCCCGAGUCACAGGAACAGGGGGCAGAUGUAAACCCCCAGCCCGACAGCCAGCGGUCCACACUGAAUGGUGCUCUGAAGAGAGGAAGUGUCUUCACCCCGGUUUCUAAUCAAAUGGACACAUACACUUACAAUGGCUUUUUUUGCUUUAGAAAAAAAAAAAACCCUUACUUUUCUGAAGGGGUGACUUAAAACUAUGGAGGGUAGGAAAGGUUGGAGAAGAAAUUUUUUAUAUAUUUAUAAUAUAAAGAUGGAGUUUUCCGGGACAGGGAAGAGAUUUUCAUCGUUGUUUAACUUGAGAAAGACUGGCCCCCUCUGGAAGCGUCAGGGAGGGGCUGAGCGGGCUCCGGGGGCCUCUGUCCGGUGCUUGGUGUCCGUGGGCUUCCCCGUGGGCUGUCCGGAGGCAUCGCACCAGGCUGUGCCUAACAGCUCGGAUGCUGCAGGUGACUCCGAGCUGAGGGACCAGCCUUCCAGAACUUCCCCAGGGUGUGUUUGGAUCAGAUCAAAUUCUGUCUUCGCCAGGGGGCUGCUUUUUAUCUAAAUCAUUUAGUCAGACUAGGCGUUUUGAAAACAUGCCAAGUGGAGACCAUGGGGUCUCCCAGUUUUCUUUCAAAGUCUUUUGCAUUAAAUAGUGUGAAGCAUAGUUCGGCCAACCAGCAGCUUCAGCUUCACAUACGUGGCAAACAUUUCAACCUGAUGUAUCUUAAGUUUGAGGUGAACAAGGUUGAAAUGCUCGCUCUGGACUAAAGAAGCCUGGUGUUCUGUGUGACCAACUGCAGCAUAGAAACACGCACCGUCAGAAGUAUACAGACCCCUCGGUAUAUUUCUACAUCACUCUCGUAUCCUGUUCAGACCGGGUCAGCCAAAAUGUAGAUAAAAAUAGGUUGCCGUCAUCCUCUGAUGGUGUCUUGUCUCCGCAAACCAGGCUUUGAUCGUUGCAUUUGGGACCCACUCGUGUUUCUUCUUGAGUUGGCACCUCCCGGUGCGUUCUCCUGGCAGUCAGCAGCCGCUGAGCUGGUGGCUGAGUCUGUGUUUUCCAGGGGGCUGUAAGCUCACCCCUCUCCCCGCACCCUGGGCUGAGACACUGACCCUGGUCCUUUUCAUGAGCCCGACCGCAUCGGGGCAGCUGUCCGGUCUCUGCAGUGAUGUCCACUAGUGUCACUGGCACCUUCAGGCGAAUGGGACACUUGGAAAAGAGUGAGACCAGACUGCCCAACUUUUUGCAAAACCUCACAUUGCAUCCUAUAUGCCAAAGAUUGUUUGGGAAAAUGUUACAUUGGCCCCUGGAGUGUGUGAGAAGGUACCAGCGAUGGAACGGUUGGCUCACAAUUGGGCUGAGUCUAUAGAAGCUAAAAGCAUGCAGCUUUUCCCUUGCUCUUUGGUGGAGAAGCGGCUGCUGGAAUAGGUGAAGUCUCGCUGCAAUCCAGUUGAUUUUCAGAGUAGAACCAUUUUAUGCCUGAAUAUCAAUCCUACUUCUCAUAAAUUCAAGCACAAAAACAGUGUUUAAUUUUUUUUAAAUUUACAAAGUAACAUCGCCUUCAGAUACUCAAGACGAGGUGUACGUAGUCUGUGUGUCUGUGUGGCAAUUAGAUGCUACAAACUGCUUCCUGCCUCUAAAGUCAGAGCAUUAAGGGGUUAGACUGUAGGUAGUCGAAGUUGCAUUUACGUUACCUAAAGAAAACUGCCAAAACCUUCUCUAUGUUCUGAAUGUUUACCAUCAGCAUCGUCUUACUAGUCAUGUCUACUCGUUGGUUGUUAACUGCGUAGCUGCAACGUGUGCUGAGACGUUGCCAGUAGGAGCAUUUUGUGAAAUUGUUUACACGGUGCCACGCAUCGAGUCUUACGUUUUCUCUAGUAUGUGUGCUUACACGGGUGUUAUAAAGACUUUUUCUCGAUUUUAAACUGAGCCUUCUUUUUAAUAUACUCCUAAAAAGAUAUGUAAAUAAGCUCUCAGAGUCUGUGUAAGGACGUGUGAAGCCUUGCCGGACAAGUGGUUUGUUCACGCGCAAACCCCCUUCUUCACCCAGUGCAAUGUGUUGGUUGGACUGCUUGUGUCUUUUUAUGACUUUUAUGCCUUUUAGAAAAUUGGUAAAUAAAGCAAGUAUAUUUUUAUUUUUA